AUGGUCUGCAAGGUGGAAGGAGUUGAGGUUGUGGAAAUUGAUUGGAGAAUACUUGAUGAGAUGGCCUUCGCCGAAGGCCAGGAGUUUGAGUUGCUCACUACACUCUCCGAAGACGAUGAUCCCAAACAGGAGACCAUGUCUGACUGUCAACCCGAGCCCGCUCAGCUCGUGAACCUCAAUGCUGAUGCGCUCUCUGCCGGCCAAGUCUACUAUCAGAUGUGCCCAGAAUUGCCCACGGGCGGUUCGGUCAGUCCACAGGCGGGCUGCGGCAUUCCCAGUGCAUCCAAUGCUCUUUAG